UUUUCUUUAAAGAUAAAUUUUACUAUGCAUUGUUUGUUUACACAAUUGGUAUUUUAUUUUUAUAUAUUGAUAUAUAUUUAAUCCUUUUGUUCUUGAAAGUUUUAUGACAUAAGUAAAUAAAAUGUGCAAAAUUGUUAAUAUACUUUCAAAAAAUCAGAUUCUAAUUAAAACUUUGCAGAGGAGAAAAUUUCUCUAUACAUAUUAAUGAUGUAUAAAAUUUUAUUGAUAUUAAAAUUUACAUAUCAUUUAUAUGAAAUGUUUCAAAUAGAGUAACAUUUUAUGCAGAUGGAGCUUAUUUUAUUGUGUGUUGUAUUCUAGAUGGUAUUAUGUGAGAAAAUGUUAAAAAUUAGAAACAAGCUGAAAGCUAUCCUUGAGCUCUCUGAAAUGCAACAUUCUAAUGGAACGUAUGUGGAUCUAAAUCCAUUUAAAAAUUGGUCAGUCUCGGGAUUCUUUGAGGCUACUGAAGAAGUUAGUGCUAUGCAUGCACAAGAGUUGAAAACUAAACUCAGCAUUUCUGAAGAACUCCCCAUAUUAAGUGACAAAUCUCAUGCACUGUUUCUGGAAAGCUCCUGGAAAUAUGAAACAGAGAUAGACAGACAUAGGGUGAACUUUUUAUUAUUUAACAUGUGUUAUCAGUUAGACUUACAGCUAUAGCUGUAAAUGAAAUUCUGAUCAAAAACUCUGUAAAGAAUUCAAUAAAUAAGAUGUUACGUAUUUAAUAAAUACACUGAAUUAA